CUUCGUUUAAACCUUUCAAUGGUUUCCCAAAUCUGUGGGAAUAAAACUCAAAGUUCUCACAAUAACUUCUUGCUUUCCUUCCCUCUCUGACCUCAUCCUCUAUCACUCUCCCCUCCUUCACUCCGCUCCAGCCACACUCGCCUCUUGCUGUUGCUAAAAUAUCAGCGUGCUUUCCUUAGGAAUUUUGCAGCUCCUCUUCCCUUUGCCUGAACACUUCUCCCCCAGAUUUCCAAGUGGCUUGCUUUCUCAUCUUCUUCAGGCUUUUGCUGAAAUGUCACCUCCUUAGUGAGUUUCGCCUUGACCAUUCUAUUCAGAAUUGCAUCUUCUAUUCCCAGCACCCUUUUCAAUUUCCCUUUUCUCAGUAGCACUUACCAGCAUCUGAUAAGCCGUGUAUUUUACUUGUCACCUAAGCGUCCCGAACACCUGGAACACUGCCUGUAACACAGAAAGUUUUGGAGGGAGUUGUGUCAAGUGAAUGAAUGAAUGAACGAAUAAACUAAUGAAGCAGGCAGAAGCUCGGCCUCUGUUCCCCAAUCAAUUCCAGGCAGAGGCUGGCAGAGUAGCAGUAGUCCAAGUGGCUGCCAGUUAGCAAGGAGAGAAGAGCUGAGGCUCCGGAUCCUCGGCUGUGGGCUUGGUUGCCCCCGGGGCGCGGACGGAGGAGCGGGCCGGGGCGGGGCCAGGGGCGGGGCGGGGCGGGCGCCUGCGCCAUAAAGCUCGCUGCGCGCCGGGGCCCUCUGCCUGCUGUGCGCCGCUCUCCACGCUUCCUACUCGGUGCUCGCCCAGGUCCGUGUUCCCAGCCACUCACGCCAUGGCCGCGCUCACCCAGAACCCGCAGUUCAAGAAACUGAAGACAUGGUACGAGCAGCACGGCUCUGACCUCAACUUGCGCCGCCUUUUCGAAGGGGACAGGGACCGCUUUAAUCGCUUCAGCUUGAACCUCAACACCAACCAUGGGCACAUUCUGGUGGACUACUCCAAGAACCUGGUGACGGAGACUGUGAUGCAGAUGCUGGUGGACCUGGCUAAGUCCAGGGGUGUGGAGGCCGCCCGGGAGCGCAUGUUUACCGGUGAGAAGAUCAACUUCACUGAGGAUCGGGCUGUGCUGCACGUGGCCCUUCGGAACCGCUCAAACACACCCAUUUUGGUGGAUGGUAAGGAUGUGAUGCCAGAGGUCAACAGAGUCCUGGAGAAGAUGAAGUCUUUCUGUCAGCGUGUCCGGAGCGGUGAAUGGAAAGGGUACUCGGGCAAGGCCAUCACGGACGUCAUCAACAUCGGCAUUGGUGGCUCUGACCUGGGACCCCUCAUGGUGACCGAAGCCCUCAAGCCGUACUCUGCAGAAGGUCCCCGGGUCUGGUUUGUCUCCAACAUUGAUGGGACUCACAUUGCCAAAACGCUGGCCACCCUGAACCCCGAGUCCUCUCUCUUUAUCAUUGCCUCCAAGACCUUCACCACCCAGGAGACCAUCACGAACGCAGAGACGGCGAAGGAGUGGUUUCUGCUGUCGGCCAAGGACCCUUCUGCAGUCGCGAAACACUUUGUUGCCCUGUCCACCAACACUGCCAAAGUGAAGGAGUUUGGAAUUGAUCCUCAAAAUAUGUUCGAGUUCUGGGAUUGGGUAGGAGGCCGCUACUCGCUGUGGUCAGCCAUCGGACUCUCCAUUGCCCUGCACGUGGGGUUUGACAACUUCGAGCAGCUGCUGUCGGGGGCUCACUGGAUGGACCAGCACUUCCGCACGACGCCCCUGGAGAAGAACGCCCCCGUGCUGCUGGCUCUGCUGGGCAUAUGGUACAUCAACUGCUUUGGGUGUGAGACGCACGCCAUGCUGCCCUAUGACCAGUACCUGCACCGCUUUGCUGCCUACUUCCAGCAGGGUGACAUGGAGUCCAAUGGGAAGUACAUCACCAAGUCCGGCGCCCGUGUGAACUACCAGACAGGCCCCAUUGUGUGGGGGGAGCCAGGGACCAAUGGCCAGCACGCCUUCUACCAGCUCAUCCACCAAGGUACCAAGAUGAUACCCUGCGACUUCCUUAUCCCGGUCCAGAGCCAGCACCCCAUAAGGAAUGGUUUGCAUCACAAGAUCCUCCUGGCCAACUUCUUGGCCCAGACUGAGGCCCUGAUGAGGGGGAAGUCGACAGAGGAGGCCCGGAAGGAGCUACAGGCUGCUGGAAGGAGUCCAGAGGACUUUGAGAAGCUGUUGCCCCACAAGGUCUUUGAAGGAAAUCGCCCGACCAAUUCUAUAGUGUUCACCAAACUCACGCCAUUCAUUCUUGGAGCCUUGAUUGCCAUGUAUGAGCACAAGAUCUUCAUUCAGGGCGUUAUCUGGGACAUCAACAGCUUUGACCAGUGGGGAGUGGAGCUGGGAAAGCAGCUGGCUAAGAAAAUUGAACCUGAGCUUGACGGCAGCAGCCCAGUGACUUCUCACGAUUCUUCCACCAAUGGGCUGAUCAACUUCAUCAAGCAGGAGCGCGAGGCCAGAAGCUAAUAAACUCGUGCCCAGCAGUAGCCCCUGUUGUGACUGGUCCUUCUUGUCUGCCUGCCCAGAGUCUGCACUGCAUGGUCCUGCCCAGAGCACCCUCUGGUUUUGGGCUUGGACCACGAGCCCUUUGGGGGAAGCUAGUCUGGAGUUGCCACCCCUGCCCUCUCAGUGUCCACACCCUCUCUGUUCUACAAUUGGCUGAAGUGUUUCAGUGCAACUGAUUUUUCUGAUCUAUGUUUAUUGUUUGUGUACCAGGAAGAAAAAUAAAUAUGUCACAAAGGA